AUGUUUUACGCUGCUACUACUGCAUCCAUUGUUUCAUCUCAAGAUAUUGAUUUACAACAUCUUAAGAAGGAAAUCAAACAAGGUUUGGUGUCUCAAGGAAAACCAAAAGAUCAUAUUUUUCUCAAAAGAAGGCUUCUUGUUGGUCCAGGUUCUAGUCCUCCAACAUGCAUAGCCAAAUGCAAUGAAUGUACCCCUUGUACACCCAUCCUUGUGACUGUUCCACCAAAGAAACAAGAGGAGUUUGGGCCCUACUAUCCACAAGUAUGGAAAUGCACGUGUGACAACCAGCUCUAUGAUCCAUGA